AUGGCAUCGCCGCACUUCCGCCGCCAGGACUCCCUGGAGGGGAUACUGGAUUUUUCGCUGCCGCCUUUGUCAGAUCCAGGUGACCGUGCAAAUGCUGAGCGCCGGUUUUACCAAAUCAUCAACCACUUUCGAAGCGAAGACCAUGGUCAAGACACCUAUGACCGCGUCGAACUCGUCAGCUCAACGUACGAGUACUCGACGGAUGAAAUAUCCAAAGGCAGAAUUCUAAAUACCUUCUUUCAGUUUGCAAAACUGCCAACAAUAUCGGGUGAAAACAUCAACUUUGAUGAUCCUACCUAUACAGAUACGCUCCGAACUUCCCUUAACACCUUUGCCGAUCACCUUUUUAAUAGCUUUUUUCUACCACUGAAAGCAUCAACCAUACCAACACCUGAGCAGCCUACACCAGCAAGUCGUACAGCCAUUAUGCAGAUGCAACCAAAUCAUACCUUUGCAGGGACAACAGAUAGAAUUAAAAAUCUGAGAGGGACCUGUCUACUACGAGAUCGCUCUCGAAAACGGUUCAAGUUAGAACGACGUGGCCAAGGUACAGCAUUCGAUGAUGAUGGCCAGCCUCUGGCAGGGCAGCGGUGUAAGUACCUCGAGGUAGCGCACAUCUUGCCUCACUCGUUGACACAAGUUGGCUCUGAUAAAAAACUGAAUGAGUCUAAACAAGCAGCGCUAAAUAUAUUGAGGAUGUUUAGCGAUGGAGCUGCCUAUCUGAUUGAUGGGGCUAAUAUCGACUGUCCUCAGAAUGCUCUAACGCUCUCGGUCGAACUACAUAGACUCUUUGGCGAUUUCGAAAUCUUUUUUCAGCCUGAUGAUACAGUUCGAUAUCAGUACCACAUUAGAACAUUUGCCCAAGAGGCAAUAGAUGAUAUUCCCAUUACUCGGACGCUCACUGGAGAGAGCAACAUUGACCUACCAUCACCGCAACUAUUGGCAAUCCACUGUGCUAUCGCCCACAUUUUGCACCUCUCUGGGGCAGGUGAUUAUAUUGACAGAAUUCUAAGGGAUGCUGAUGAUUAUGGGAUUCGUCGUGAUGGAAGUACUGAGCUAUGUUGUCUAUUAGAACUUCGUCUUAAUAACUGGGUGGGUAGACAAGCUGAUCGCGGUAGUGCCUUCCAUUUCUACAUUGAUUACGGAUAG